AUGCAGAAUUUAGCACAGAAUGGAUGGAAUGAUGCGAGCAACAAUAAUAAUUCAACACAAGUAGUAGAUUCAAACAGUUUACAUCAAGGUGGUGGUGGUAGUGUUAAACAACUUGAUGUUAUAGAUGAUGUAAAUACUAGUUCAAUUCCUUCAAAUACUCAAUCCUCAAUAAAUGAAGAAUCUGAAAAAGAAUUGGAUUCGAAGGAUAUAAAAACUGUUACAAUGUCAUGGCAUUCUCUUGCUAAUCCUGAUAUAAAAGAGAGAGAAGAUGGUUUGGGUACAGCAAUUCCUUCAAAUACUCAAUCCUCAAUAAAUGAAGAAUCUGAAAAAGAAUUGGAUUCGAAGGAUAUAAAAACUGUUACAAUGUCAUGGCAUUCUCUUGCUAAUCCUGAUAUAAAAGAGAGAGAAGAUGGUGUGGGUACAGGUCAAUUACAUCGUCAAGGAAAAAAUUUCAUUCCAGUUGAUGAAAAAACUUUAUUAGAAAUACAAAAGAAAAAAGUUCCUAAUAAAAAAUCUAAAAAAUCUAUGAGAUCACUGAGAAAAUAA